GCAAGCACUGCAACCCCCGUUGAUGCAGGAGCUCGGUCCAUGCAGCAGUCAACAUCUUCACAUACGCAGCUGGGAGCUUUGAAGACAAUUGGUGCAAAUGCUGCUUCAGGGUCUAGUUACAGUAGUGCUGUUUCGUUUGGAUCAUCAACAUCCCACCCAGGGGUCAACCAGAAACCAACAGUGAGCUUUUGGCAGAAUCCAAGGGACAGCAUACAGACCUCCAGGCCUCACUAAGUUCCAGCUCAAACUGCUGCAGAUGGAGACUGAAGCCCUGAACCAGGGUGUGAGCAGAACACAGCUGACUCCUGACAGGCUGUCAAUGGCUCUGUCUGUAAUCCUGACGAAAAAGACAUUGCCUGGUCAGGUCUUGAAAGUAGCCUCGUGUCCAAAGCCUAAAUCUGGGGGACCUGAAUGUGCUGAGGAGUUCUGCAGACUAGGCUGUGUGUGUGUCAGUCUCCACAACCUGAACAGAGGUCCUCUCCACUGCAGACGGCCUGAAUGUAUGUUUGGCUGUGCCUGCUUCAAACGCAAGAUCACUAAGCAGGUUACUGAGGGGGAGAGUGAACAUCAGAUCCAGCCUGUUUACUCUAUGACUAAUAUGGAACAUGCAAUCCAACCUCACCCAGGCUCUCAUGCUAAUAAACUAUGGAGCCGCACCAUUCAUGACGUGGAUCCAGAGCCGCUCUUCGCCCCCAAAAGUCCUGCAAAGGCACUAAAAUGCAGCAGUGUAAUUCGUCCUACGCAACUGAUGCGAGAGGAGGACAAGGACCCAGUGUAUAGAUACUUGGAGAGCAUGAUGACAUGUGCACGUGUUCGAGAGUUCAACAGCAAGCCUCCUCCUGAAGUUACCUUAGAGCCAAAGAUCCUUGACACUUCCACAGCAAACAGCAUAACAAAAGUGCAGAGGGCGACCACUGAGGACCUGCCACGAUUCUCCCACAGAACUGUGAAGCCUCUUAAGAAUGCAGCAAAGAUCUGUCAGGAAUCCACAGCCAAUGAAACAGGAGCAAGGAAGCAAAUACAGAUCCAGUCACUAUGUCAGUGGGAGAAGGACCAGAAAAUGGUCCUUGAUGCUUUAUGUCGACGCAUGAAUCAGAAUAGGAUGUCUCAGUGUUUCUGCAUAGGACCAUACCGCAUCCGCCCAGUUGCAAAGAUCUUCAUGCAGAAGCCCAGUGGCUCCACUGUCACCUACAGGGUACACAUCAGUAAACCAUCACAAUCCAGUGAUAAUGAGGACGAUGAGUUUGAUGACAGUGAUGAAGAAAAGAUUGCCAAUAAAAACUUUGAUGGGAACAUGGAUACGCAGGAUGAAGAUGGCCACACUGAAGAGUUAGACAUGCAGUUUGGAGUCACACCCUUCCUGAGUGGAGUUUUACCUGCUGGCAGACUGAGAGCCAGGACCAAACCUGUAGGCUGCCAAGCAUAUGGACUUAUACAGGUAAAUGGCAAAUCCUACAACCAGGCCAGACUGUUGCUGGGCAACAUGGGAUCACUACAUCCAGCUAACCGCCUUGCAGCUUAUGUCACAGGCCGACUGCACGCUCUAGCUGACUCUCAGAAACCAGACCCUGCACAGAAAAACAACACUCCUGGUACUCUACACAUAAAGGCUGCAGGCACAGUAGUUCCUCAAAUUAUCACUGCAAGGAGAACCACUGAUCUGAAGACAUCAGCACAACCACCAGUUCAGCUGCAGCCUGAUUCCUGGAGAAAAGGAUCCUUCACUUUACCGCAGCAUUCACAGUCCAUCUUAAAGCCCGCCCAGUCAUUCGUCUCGAGCCAAGUCAGCUCAGUCUGUCCCUUCCAGAACAGCUCCACGUCCUCGCCUGUCUCUCUCACCGUCUCCCCCUCCCUGAAAACCCCCAGCUUCCUUGGACAGAGUGGAACAUAUUCAUUCAGGAUCUGUCCUCCCACCAACCAGGGCACCAGAGACCAGAACCUCCCAGGAGUUGCCUUGCCUGGGGGCUUCACCCUCAUUCAGCUCCCAAAGCCUCGAGCCGAUGGAGCUGCACAACGAUCAGAAACUGUAAACACUACAAAAAUGGCUGGUGUCGAUAAAGCCCCACCGCAAAGAGAUGCUUUAAUUAAUUUUAGCCAAUUAGCAGCUGAUUUGGAUACAAAUUGUCUCAGUGUGGACCUACUAAGCACCAAAUCAGUGAAGCCUGGCCCCUCACCUGAGCUGAUAUGUGAAGAGAAGAUGCCUUCAGGAUGAGAGUGAUGAAGUCAGCAGCAGGCAGGUGGAAUCAAACCUUGAUAUGGCUUCAGAUGGCAUGAGCUCCGACUCAGACUACUGUGGAGAGGGUGACGAAGAUGAGGAGCCAGUUGACAUCGAGACUGUAGAGGAAACAAGACAAGGAAUGGCCAUCGCAAAAAUGAGGGAAGCUGCUAUGAAAGCAUCACAGGAGCCAGUGAUACGAGAUUCCAGUGAUGAUUUUGGAUCAGCAAGGGAACUCAACAUCCAGGAUCAGUUGGACAAUGAACUUGAUGAGUCUAAGAAAAAAAAGAGGCGAAAGAACCACAUAGUGAUAGAAAGGCAAAGACGAUCUGAACAGCGGAACCUCUUCGACAAACUCCAGGUUCUCCUUCAGAGUGACCCCAAGGCCCCCAGGCUCCGUCUCCUCUCACUGGCUCUGACGGAAAUCCAAGACCUAGUUGAGACCUCCAAAUGUCUGGAGGAGGAGAAGAACAGGCUGAUUCAGAAGGCAGGCUGACUAUGUGAAGGAGCUUUCUGUUUUGUCUGGAAAGUCGGAGAUGCUGAUUAAACACAAGCUGAAGGAUAUUUGCAAGAAGCAGAAAAUGAAGGAGAUGAUGAUUAAAUGGAGACCUUUUUCCCAUCUACUCCAGUCCAGAGCUGCUCUCCUGCAAACGUCGGAACCCGAUGUCCACAUUGCUCCAUCUCAGACUAACCCAAACACAGUUGCAGCCCAAAACAAUGUACACCAGAUCAUACCCCUGCUUCUUCAGCCUAACCUCCACUAGGGCCCAGUCUGGAGUAAACACACCCAUACCCAUGUCCCUGCCCACACCACCUUCUGUUCCUGAGGCAGUGUCCUCUCCAAACCAGGCAGAGGUGACCGCAGCCCCAUCGCAGGUAGAGGAUCAGCCAGGUGAACCGGUGGCCUCAGUCCAAGUCAGUCAACAUCAGGAAAAGUCUGAGGACCAACAGGAAGCACCUGCAGACCAGGGCACCAUGCCCAAUUCCCAGGCUCAGGUCCCAUCAGUUCCAGCUACACUUCAGGUCACUGCAGCCCAGGAUGUAACCUCAACUACAUCCUCAUCACCCAAUUCCCAGAAUCCCUCUGUGUGCCCCCCACAGCCGUUUACUCUUCCUCUGAUUCGCUCUAAGACGGCAGACUCAUACUUCCCUCAUCUCUGAAACCAAUUGGUCAAGGCUUCUAUACACUAAUGGUUAUGAAAGCUAAGAAGAAGGGAGAAGAAGGUGAGGUUAGCACCGCAGCUAAUACACAGCCUUCUGACGUGGGCUCUAAGAAACAGGAGAAGAGCUGCUCCACAUCUGACCACCCUUCAGACUCAGGAAGUAGCCGAAUUAUGGAAGAGGACAAAACUACAUCUUCAACAGUCCCCCUGGCUGAGCUCACCUUCCUUAACAAAUCAAUCUAUGUGCCUUCAGUGGCUGUACAAGCUAUGGAGAACAGCCAGGAGGGGGGCAAAGCAGUAGGUUUGAACAAAACACUGCCAGCUGCCUGCUUGAGUUUUAACCAUUCUCGUCAGAUUCCUACUUCAGUCAAGGCAGAGCCCAGUCUUAACCCUCCUGUAGUCCGCCGUCCCAGGGGCAGGCCACGGAAGAACCCUGUUCUCCCUGUCAGUGAAAAUAAAAAAUGUAAUGCGGUAGACAAGACGAGAGAAAGUGUCAGUGAAAGUGAAACGUCUAUUCUAGUUGAAGAGAGACAGAGUGAAAAAAAAUCUUUGAAAGCGAUCAAGACACGAGCUGAGGACACCCCAGGAAGGGUCAGUGAUGUAGCAGACAACCCUGUACCAGUGAAACGUCGCAGAGGAAGGCCUCCAAAGAAGAAGUCAGCACACCCGUGGAGACGGGGUGCACAGGAAGGAAGCAGCCCAUCUAAAUCCAACGAGGACAGCCCAGUCAUACUUACUUUUCAUUAUAAAAGCCCUGAUACUAAACCCAAGGCAAGCCCAGCAGCAGCCACCUCACCUGGAGAAGUAAACACAUUGCGGCCGUUAACGCGAGGAUCUUUGGGGAAGGACUUCCCCAGCGCCAAGAAACGUUCUUGGAUAGACAUAGAAAAGGAACUGGAACCAGAGCUUGAAUCUGAAUCUGAAUAGUUCUCAUUUCUUCCUGUCACUAGAAAAGCCAAUGCACACAGUCAUUUAACCUCAGUUAGUCUCACACUGAAACCUCACAAAUCUCAGAGGCAGCUGCAUCUGUCCUAGCAUCAUUUUCCCAGGAGAGAGAGAGAGGUGUUUCUCUCUCCUGCUCUGUUUAUUAGUGUGAACACAUUACAUAGGUCAUUGAAAGCCUCACCAAAUGUGCCUGUGUGUAAAUCCAAAGGACCAGAAACACAGUUUAACACUUGAUGCUGCUCUUUUCUGUUUAUGUUAGCACACUGAACUCAGUGAACUUCUUUGAUACUAUAGAGACAGGCUGUUUUCUGGUAUAAAGAGUAUAAGAGAAAGCAUUAAGUGACCUGCUGAAUGUAUGAAUGAAAUUUAUGGUAACUCCCACAAUCAUUUUUGAGGUACAUUUCUUCUACAAAUGUCACCUACAUUCAUGUUUCAUGUUAUUUCUUGUCAGAUUAAGAUUUAUUAAAAUUAUGUUUUUGUUGAAGUCAUCUACUACUAAUCUGUCUUAUGCAAAUGAAAAUAAAACUGUACAGAUGCCACAAGUGUCAUCUAAUAUGUUAAGCCUUACAGUGUAAGUUAAAUAUCUGUAUCCUGAAUAGGAUCAGAGAAUACACUGUGUCAUUAACUCUGUAAAAUGUAAACAUUAACAUAUGUCUUCUCAUUUUUACUAAGAGCUAGUUGGAUGCAUAUUUCCUCCUUCAAAUUCUUCUGUUUUUGUCACUAAUUCAGUGAAAAUCCUCUGUAGUAGCACUUUAUGUUUUGUUUUUAGCGUCUGGUUUGUAUAGUAAUAGUGGUGAUCUGUAUUUUGGGGAGUUAGUUCAAUAAUAUGCAUAAGCCUGAUGUGUCAUAAGCAAUCAAGAUAAAAGCUAUUAGCCAUCUAUUAUAUCUAUAAAAAAAAUCUGUAAAUAUUGUAUUUCUUUUUUAAUUGCAGUAUAUUUUUCUCAUGGAUGAUUUUUGAAACACUGGUUGUUCUGUUACUAAGUUGAAAAUGUGAAAAAUUUUGUGGCCUUUAAAGUCAAUAAACUACAUGCAAUUACAGCACA